CUUUUUUGAUGUUAAGUUAAACAAUUUAAUAUUCAAUAUAAAAUUAAAUUAAAUCAAUUCACCGCAUAAUGAAGGACAAAAUGAAGGAAUAUGGUACAUUUCAUAGUGAUCAAUGUUCAUCUACAGAAAAUUUAAGUCAACCAUGCGCUUAUACUUCAGUUGUACAUGGUAUGAUAGCAAUGGACGACGUAUCUGACAAUAACAAAAUAUGCAGAAUGCUGUUUGCCGAAUUUUUGGGCACGGCUAUUCUUUUGUUUCUUGGCUGUGGCAGCAUUAUGUGGCUUGACGCUUUAGGUUCAUCGGCUAUCAUACAAAUUUCUCUGACUUUUGGAUUCACAAUAGCAACACUAGUACAGAUAUUUGGUCAGACCAGUGGAUGUCAUAUCAACCCAGCAGUCACGGUUAGCUUUUUGGUGAGCGGCCAAUGCUCAUUAUUGAAAUCAGCUCUGUAUAUAGUUGCACAGUGUUUGGGGGCUAUAGCUGGUAUCUAUCUUCUAGAAUUUGUUACUCCAGAUGCAGUAACUAAAGGUUUAGGUAAGACAGCCGUAAACACUUUGCUUCAACCAGGACAAGGAUUCAUCGUAGAAGCAUUUAUUACCUUUAUACUAGUCUUGGUUAUUCACUCUGUCUGUGAUGAAGCCAACCGAAGCAACAUAGUUACGCCGUCCAUUUCUAUCGGUCUGACCAUUGCUGCCGCCCAUCUAGCAGCGAUUAAAUACACAGGGGCUAGCAUGAAUCCAGCAAGAUCUUUAGGCCCAGCCGUUGCUCUUGGUUUUUGGACAAACCAUUGGGUGUACUGGGUCGGUCCUAUUGUCGGUGGUAUACUUGGAGGAACCGUCCACACUUUUGUGUUGAAACGUCAUACUGAAGAGAAAAUAUUCUUACAAUAAUGGUGUAAAAUCAGUAUGCAUUUAUACAAUCCUAGUGCUUGAUCGUCAAUAGUUGAUAAUUCAACAUAAAAUCUAAAUUUUAAAAAAAGACAUAAUAUAUUAUUUUGUGAUUAUAUAAAAAAUUUAACUUGUUAAUAAUCAUUAUUAAUAAUAAAUCAAUUUAAAAUUAUUUUAA